AUGGAAUCGGUUCUCAAAUCCAUAGGUUUCUGCAAGUGCUCCAUUCAAAGCCUUAAGUUGAUUCAAAUUCCAACAGGGAAGGUGGUUCAAGGGAAAUCCGAGUUUGCUGUGUCUGUACUCAAUGAGUGCAGUUGCAAACAAGGAAAUAUUAAAGUCAACUGCAGUGGAUUCCAGACAACUGAAGUGAUCAAUCCUUUACUGUUUAAAAAUGAUGAAUGUGACAGGAAGAAAUGUGUUCUCCUCAAUGGCUUGCCCAUUGGUAUUCAUGAAUCAAUUGACUUCGUAUAUGCAUGGGAUACACAGUUCCCCUUCUCUGUGGUAUAUGCUGAAAAGGCUUGCUAG